UUUGAUGCUCCAAAAUGAUUUUUUUUCCCAGUCUCAACGUAGUUCGCAUCUCCUCGCGUGGUUGGCUCAUUAUUGGAAUGAGUUUACGAGCUUUUGAGAAUGCUUGCUGUUCACGGAAUGUGGAGAUUGCCCGGCACCGGAAAACAGAGUGACUGGCAUGAAAUCGUGCAGUUAGAAUAUUAUCGCAGAUGUUGAGAUUGAGCACGACGACCUGUAGUCAGCGUACAAGUCCUUGGCGCUGGUGUGCUUGAAUCUUGCGCAGGGAGGUGGAAAUUGUUUGAGUUUUGGGCUCUGGACGAUCCCUUUGGCGAUCGAGAACUAACCCCAAUUCUGUUCAAACUAGUGAUUUUGGAAUCGUCAUGGGUGGUCAUGGAGGACUCAAUAUUCUCCCACAGAAACGAUGGAAUGUGUACAAUUUUGAAAACCGCGAGAAGGUGAGGAAAGAUGAGGAAGAAGCAGCUCGGGAGGAAGCCAUACGGCAACAGAAAGCCAGGAGAGAAGAAACGGAGUUUAAGUUGGAAAAAUUGCGUCAAGGUGCCCAGUCGAAGAGGAGACGAGUCGACGGGGGUCCGAGUUCCAUCAAUGAGAAUGAGAGCCAAGGAGCGAUCGUCGUGCGAGGUACCGUUUCGGUCGAAGGGACAUUGGCUUCAAAAGAUGAGGCGGAGAGGCCACGACAUAUUAACUUGUUUGCGGAGUAUGAAGCCAGAGAGAAAGAAGGGCAGGGAAAGGUUCGGGCGAAGGAAGAAGAUCAGAAAGACGUAAGUAGAGGAAAAAAAGGAAAGAGAGAAUUUCAGGACCAUAGAGACAGGCAGUUGGAGAAGAAGGAUGGAAAACCAACCGGAGAACCAGCCGACGAUAAUUACAGACUAGGUCAUGGGGCUGUUGGUAAGAACGGAAAAAAGCCCUGGUACUUGAUAAAAAGCUUUAUGGUCGAGAGAACACGUGGUGAAAACGAAGUGCGAACAGAAAACAAAUCGAGAUGUUCUGAUAGUGUGGAGCAACAGUCAUCAAUGUCUACAAAAUCUAAAAAAUCCGUAGAGGAUCUGAGAGCAGAGAGACUUGUCCGAGAACAAGAAGAGAGGGAUAAGGCACGAAAGGUUGUGCGAGCUAAAGCAGGCAACUCGCUCAAUAAUGGCUAUACUCGCCUUGCGGAUGGACGCUUACCUCAUUAUCAUGCCAGUUUUGGCAAUGCACGGUAGUAGAUAGAUGUUAGAAAGACUUUCAGGAGGGCGCACGAUGCGGAGAAAGUGCUCACAUUGGUGCUGUCGUGAAUAGUGUCACCAAAUUCUUUAAAUCUUCAGCAGUAUUGCUAUCCGGAGGAUGAGGACACAGGAAUACAGCGAAGCAGAAGCUCGAACGAGAUUGUUUUGGUCGUUUGAGGAAUCAUAACGAUCCACCUGAAGAGCUGAUGUUACGAGCUUAUGUGUGUCGAUCGAAAAACUUCUGCUUUGUCCGGAGUGGGAGAACCCCUUGUAAUCAAUAUGGCAGGGAAUGAGCAUUCCUUUCUUGGUUAAAUGUAAACGUGACCUAUGCCAAGCGUUGACAUUUUGUAAAGUUUAGUGAGGAGAUUACAGGUUACUGGAACAUUGUGGAGAAUAGCAAGAUUCUAAAAGUAUGUUAGGUUUAGAUAUUGUACCUUUACGAGACGCCUUUGAGGGAAUCAAUUUAUUGCUAAAGGCUCAUGUGGUUUUGAUCUCCAGAAUAAGACUGGAGUUUUUAUUGUGUGUUGAAACACCACAUUAUGUUAGUUCUUUAUGUAACAGUCAUCUCAUUGAAUAUACGUAAAACUUGUGCCUUCGUGCGUGGCACAACUUUUACUGUUGCCAUCCAUAAGAAACUAGCCCAACCAGUAGGUAUUGAACGACGAGCCUUCAUAUGUCGUUGUGGCCUCAUUGAAAACUUGAAUUCAUAUAUAUAAAUACUUGGAUAUGCAGAAGUUUCCCUGAACUUUAUCAUCUGAAGAUGAUAAUGUCAUUCGGAUCAAUUCUGUGCAACCAGACCUACCAAUUCAUAUCCUGUGCAGUG